CGCCAAGUUCCAAGGAGUGACCUCGCGACUGCAACUGCGUGUGUGUUGUUCUCAUCCGUUCACAUAAGAAACCGUUUUCGAGACCACGACAUCACCGACCCAUUCUUCUCACCAAACCCAGCCCGCCACAUAACAUGGCUCAAAAAGCACGCAAAGACCGGGCCAAAUCAAACUCGGCAGCUCUCAAUAAUCUUCACAUUGGAUCGGUCAUCGUCAAUGGCAUUUUCCUACUUUUGCACUUUGUUUUCAGGUCGCGCUCGUUGCUACUUUGGUUUAUCCUUUCCCUCCCCAGCUUCCUAUGCCAAUUCACAUUGGAGAAGACUGGACGCCCGAGCUAUGACCCCAAUACGAAGACUCUCAAAUCCUCCGGUGAGGACCUUGCCGCCCCCGGUCUGACCGACUACAUGUUCGAUGUCGUCUGGGUGACCUGGGCGGUGGCCAUUCUCGUGUCGUUCUUCGGAAACUGGGCAUGGUUUAUUUGGCUCGUGGUCCCCGCCUAUGGGGGCUACAAGGCGUUUGGCAUGAUGGGUGCUGCCAAACAGAUGGCGCAGAUGGGGGGCAAUGCGGACGCUGGGGCUCCGGCUCCCCCAGGCAACCGGAAGCAGCGGCGUGCAGCAUAAUUCUAGCAUUCCCACACUGCCCGCCUC